AUUUUUCGAAAUGUAACUGGAUUUUCGAGCUUUUGGUCUCAAUCACAGUCCAUUAUGCAAACGUUACGCGAUAAAGUAUAUGUACCAAUUUACGCCGCUAAAAGUAGAGGUGCACCAACAGUUAAAAUAACUAUAAUCGGUGCUGGGCCGAUUGGUAUGGCAACUGCAUUUAGUCUUCUUAAUAAAGGUAUUCCAACAGAAUUGGUUAUUGUAGACUUGAAUAUUGAGCAUGUUGAAGCUGAAAUCAGUGACUUGCAAAAUGCUAGACAGUUCCUUCCAAACGUUGCCAUUUAUGGGGGUUCAACUUUCGUCGAACUCUAGUAUAGCCAUAUUAUGUGCUGGCGUUGAAAGGCGAGAUAAUGAAAGUCAAAUUAGUCACGUUCAAAGGAAUGUUGACGCAUUUAAAACUAUCAUACCACACAUAGUUGAAAAUAGUCCGAAGUGUAUCAUUAUUGUUGCUGUAAAACCAGUUGACGUGCUGGCAUAUGUUACUUGGAGAAUAAGUGGUUUCCCUACGAAUCGGGUUCUUGGGGUCGGCACUAUGUUAGAUUCAUCGCGGUUUUGUAAUGCUAUAAGCAAAAAACUUGGUUUAUCUGCAGAUUCUGUUAGUGGGUAUAUACUAGGUGAACAAGGAGAGAAAUCAGUGCCAAUAUGGAGUUCUGUCACUUGUGCUGGUGUGAAGCUUCGAAGUGUCUAUCCAGGAAUAGGGACAGCAGACGACAAAGAGGGUUACAACAAAAUUCUCCAGGAUUUAAUUGAAAAUGAACGUGCAAUCGAUAAAGGUAAAGGAGCUAAUUCUUUCGCAAUGGGGCUUGCUACCAGUGUAAUUUGUGAGUCAAUAUUAACUGAUGCAAACAGUAUCUUGCCUCUAUCAACUCAUGCUAAGCAUGAAGGGAAGUUGGUGGGACUUCAAGGAAUUGAUAAAGAUAUAUUCUUCAGCUUGCCGUGUAUUGUGAAUGCAAACGGAGUUAGGGGUAUAAUGUUACAACAAUUAGAUGAAGAUGAAAAAGAAAAGCUAUUUACGAGUGCGAAAAAAAUGGAAGAGCUUCUUCAAAGCAUUGAAUGGUGA